AUGACCAGCCAGCAAAACGUACCAAAUCUCAGGAUAGCCGACAAGGAGUUUGAAAGAGUGAGAGACUUCAAGUACCUCAGAUCGACUAUCACAGAGACGGUUGACAUCAGCAGCGAGGGUGCAGGAAGUUACAAAACAAUUGACACACCACUGGGCUCUCUAAGAGGUCAGCAGUUAACCACUACAGCUGGAAACACUGUUUAUUUCUUCAGAGGAAUUCCAUAUGCUGAACCUCCAGUUGGGUCUCUGCGUUUUCAGUUGCAGCCACCUGUACCUAUAUCACCAUGGACUGAAAGGAGGGAUGCCUUGGCAGCAUCAAGUAGCUGUACACAGCUAACUGGUAAAGGAACUAUAGAGGGAACUGAAGAUUGCCUUUAUCUCAACGUGUUCACUCCUGAGCUACCAUCAGAUAAUGAUAACCCCAAACCUGUACUAGUGAAUAUCCAUGGUGGCUGCUUCACUGCAGGAUCUGGUGGUUCACGACCAUCUGAGUAUUUUAUUGACAAUGGUAUUGUAUAUGUUGCAAUCAAUUAUCGUCUUGGACCAUUAGGAUUCAUGAGUACUGGAGAUUCACUCCUUCCUGGGAAUCUUGGUAUGAAGGAUCAAGUACUUGCACUUCAGUGGGUACAACAGAAUAUUGCUGCAUUUGGUGGGAAUCCCAAUGAUGUUACUAUUUUUGGUCAAAGUGCAGGAGGAGCUUCAGUUCAUUAUCAUCUAUUAUCUCCAUUGUCAAAAGGUCUCUUCCAUCGUGGAAUAGCGUCAAGUGGAGCAGCCCUUAAUCCGUGGGCAUUUGAUAAAAAUGCGGCAGAUAGAACUUUCCGUUAUGUUUCAUACUUAGGAUAUAAUGCAGAAAGCACUUCAGAUCUUAUGGACUUUCUUAUGAAUGUUGAAGCAACUGAACUGGUAAAAGCAAAGUCCCCAGCUCUGUCUGAUGAGGACCGUACAAGUUUCAUGAUGUGCGUGUGGGUACCACAUGUGGAACCAGAAAAUGAUGGUGCCUUCCUGACUGAGGAACCAUGGGUUAUUAUGUCUGAAGGACGUUAUAAUCAAGUACCUUAUCUAACUGGCAUCACAAGUUAUGAGUUACUUGGCAGAACACAAGCAAAUGGAGCAUUUGCAUCUGAAGAUGGUGUAAAAAAUCUGAAUGAUAAUUUUGAUGCCUAUGUUGCUCAUGAUCUUCGAAUCUCAGAUAAAGAUGAACAAUCGGAAGUUUCAGCACAGAUUCGACAGUUUUACUUUGGGGACAAUGAGAUUACACUGAAAGAUAAUGAUACAAUUGCAACUCUGGCAUCAGAUUUAAUGUUUGUUGAAGGAAUAGACACAGUUGUGCGGAACAUGAGUUUGAGUUCUGCAGAACCAGUUUACUACUAUGAAUUUUCUUUCAAUGGACCACUCAGUUCAUACCCAGAUUUCCCAGGUAAACUGCUAUAUGUUCCUAAAAUCAAUAAUUACACAUAA